AUGGCCUUAAGAAUUGACAACACUGAGGCCAACAUUACGUUUGAAAACGGAAACCCAGUGUGGGCCAACUGUGUCAAUGAACAACGAAGCCUCCCGCUUGCCAUUGUGAAACCCGAGACCCUCCAGCAGCUUGUUGGCAUCCUGACUGAUGCACACCGACUUGGGCACCGUGUGCACGCCGCUGGCUCUGGACAUUCAUUCUCGGACAUCACGAAUUGUGACAACGCCGUGCUGGUGAGCAUGCAACUUCUCCGGCGUCUAUCCAUGGUCGAUAACGGGGAGGAUGGCAUCGUUGCCAUUACACCACCAACCUCCAUAUCACCAAAUGACGACGCCAGGGCACGGUUUAAUGCCAUCGUAUCUCGCUUGAGAGACCCAGGAGAUACGGCCAACCGCAGUCGCAAGCUGGCCCGGGUUCAGGCUGGCAUCACAAUACGAGAUCUCAACACAGAGCUGGACAACCGCAAUCUUUCGCUUCUCAAUAUGGGAGGCUAUGAUGGACAAACCUUGGCUGGUGCCAUGUCCACGGCCACUCAUGGCUCUGGUAUCACGUACGGACCUUUACCUAGCUUUGUGCGUGCGAUUGUGCUCGUUUCUGAGAAUGGUACUGUCUACCAGAUCGAGCCCGGCGACAACAGCGUCGGAAACGGGCCACUGAGCAACUCGUCGAUCUUUCCCAAUGCUGUCGAUGGUGUUCCAGUGGUGCUCAAGCAAGACAACGACUGGUUUCGUGCCGCUCUUGUCUCCAUAGGCUGUCUCGGUGUGAUAUACAGCUACGUGAUCGAGGUGAGAGACGCGUUUUUUAUUCGCGAAAUGCGCACGGCUACCAAAUGGGACGACAUUCGCAAAGAGCUCUUGCCAGAGCUGUGGGCUCCGGUUGCCCCAAUCGUUGCAGGUGCGGACCAUUUUGAACUGGUUUUAAACCCAUACAUGAGCUGGUCACACAGCUCUUGCAUCCGAGUUGAGCGAAUGCGAAUGAAUGGUAAGGCCAGAAAGUCGGGUGAGCGAAAGGAUUGGCUAGGCGCACUCCUCGUGCAGUUCUCCAUAUAUUCCGUGUCUGGCCUAGUCGGCCUACUCAACCGACUGCCUGUCGUCAGCCCCAUUGCCAUAAACAAGGCCAUAGCGACACUUGUCGAGAGUGAUCCCUACAUUGACAAGAGUUUCCGGGUUUUCAACCUAGGUGCAGCCAAUGGCAUCAAGGCACAAGCACUGGAGCUUCACUGCAAUGCUGCUCAAUGUGUUCCGGUCAUUGACAACCUCCUCACUGUUUUCAAUGAAGAGGCCAAGCGUCACAACUGGUACAUGGCAGGUCCCUUGGGAAUCCGCUUCACCGGGCCAUCGGAUGCAUUCUUGGCUCCAGAAACGGGCAGAAUGACCUGUUCAAUUGAGCUGGAUAUGCUGGUUGGCGUCGAGACAGGAGCAAGCCUCGCACAGAGCAUCAAGGAGCACGUAUGUACAAACGACACUUCAUCUGUCCGCGUGCAUUGGGGUCUGGAUCUGGGUUUAGUUACAGCCGAUGAUGUUCGUGCCUGGUAUCCAGAUUUUCCAGCUUGGCACGCAGUUUACCAACAACUGAACUCGACAGGAAUGUUCAACAACAAGUUCACCGACCGUAUUGGUAUCAGUACACCAGAUUGA